GUGUUAGUGAGAAACACAACAACUUUUGCAUGUGUGGAUUAGCUUUGGGUCUCUCAGACUGAGACCAUUAACUUUGCUUGGGCCGAAAUGAACACAAUCCACACUCUACUGUUUGCUUCCUUUACAACAAUCCAUCCUACUUUUCUGGCAGAGGCCUUGAUGAUACAGUGGAAGAAGCUGGUGUGAUCAACCCAAAUCGCUUCAAGACAGUAGGUUCCUACAUGCAUGCUGACCUUGUGGAAAGAUGGUUGUAUGCAACAUCUGACCUUAAUCUAACUGACAUUUCUGACCUCCUGACCACUGGAGGAGACCUGCUGCCCAAUGGAGACGGGACCUACCAGAUGAGGAAGAAACAUGGAGCUCAGUGAAGAGGAGCUGAAGAAGCACAGCUACACUUGUACAGUCACCCACCUCAGCCUGGACAACAAGCUGGACGUCCAUUUGGAUUUUGAUCCAGGGGAGCCCAUCAGGUCCAUUGUUGGCUCUGUGUUUGCUGCUCUGGUCUUGGUGUGUGUGAUGGUGGCCGUCGUCUGGAUGGUAUACAGGAGAAAACGUAGAGCUUCCUCUAGGCGUAGGAAUGGACCAGCCUCCAGUUCUCACUCUUUGGGGUUGCUUUCAACUUACAUUAAAGGAGAGACGCCAUUUCCUGAAUUCAGUUUCACCCUGAUGUUGGACGACAUCACCGUUGGAUACUUUGAUUCUGAGAGGAAGACCUUUACUCCCCGAGGUCUUGAUCAAGAACAGGAGGACGAUGGUGUGGUCAACCCAGAUCAUGUCAAGACCAUAAGUUACUCCAUUCAUGGUCAUCUUGAGGAAACCUGUUUAUAUGUAAAAUAUGAUUUAAACUAUACUGAAAAUAUUUACGUUCUACAGAGACUGGUCGUAUGUGAACUGAUGGAGAAUGACCAGCCUGGACAAAUGAUCACCAAGACUGCAAUCGGAGGCUCAACAGUGGACGAACUGCGUUUUCAUGAAAGCAAAUUUACAUAUCAAGGUGUUUUAAACAUCACAGCACAAAGACUGACACCACUUCUGGAUGUAGCUCAGUGGGAUUAUGAACAUCUGUACUAUCCAGUGUGCAUUAAAACCCUUAGAGGUUACCUUAGAAAGAGAAGCAGUCAGGUGAAGAGGAGAGGUAAGAUACUCUUCUACAGGUCUGACAGAUACUUGCUUUUCUGUCCAUACGCAAGACGUUGUUGUGAAGCAAUGUAUAAACAUGCCACAAUGAAGCCUGUUAUGACUAACAUGCUCCUUUAG